AUGGAGCCAGUUAACAGGACAGAGAUCUCUGAGUUCUUUCUGAAAGGGUUUUCUGACUACCCAGCCCUGGAGCACCUGCUCUUCCCUCUGUGUUCAGUCAUGUACCUGGUGACCCUGCUGGGAAACACGGCCAUUGUGGCAGUGAGUGUGCUAGAUGCCCGCCUGCACACGCCCAUGUACUUUUUCCUGGGCAACCUCUCUGUCCUGGACAUCUGCUACACGUCCACCUUUGUACCCCUGAUGCUGGUCCACCUCCUGUCCGUCCAGAAGACCAUCUCCUUCAUUGGCUGUGCAAUCCAGAUGUGCCUGAGCCUGUCCACAGGCUCUACAGAGUGUGUGCUGCUUGCCAUCAUGGCCUACGAUCGCUACCUGGCCAUUUGCCGGCCACUCAGGUACUCUGUGCUCAUGAGCCACCAGCUCUGCUUGCUGCUGACAGGAGCCGCAUGGGUCCUCUGUCUCCUCAAGUCAGUGACGGAGACAGUCAUCGCCAUGAGGCUGCCCUUCUGUGGCCACCAUGUGGUCAGUCACUUCACCUGUGAGAUCCUGGCCGUGCUGAAGCUGGCAUGUGGAGACACAUCAGUCAGUGAGGUCCUCCUGCUGGCGUGGGCCAUUCUGCUGCUGCCCAUGCCCCUGGCUUUCAUCUGCCUGUCCUAUACACUUAUCCUGGCCACCAUCCUGAGGGUGCCCUCAGCUGCUGGGCGCCGCAAAGCCUUCUCCACCUGCUCAGCACACCUGGCUGUGGUGCUGCUUUUCUAUGGCAUCAUUAUCUUCAUGUACAUGAAGCCCAAGAGCAAAGCGGCCCAUAUCUCUGAUGAGGUCUUCACGGUCUUCUACGCCGUGGUCACACCCAUGCUGAACCCUCUCAUCUACAGCCUAAGGAACAAGGAGGUGAAGGAGGCCGCCAGAAAGGUGUGGGGCAGGAGACAGACCUCCAAGCGGGGGAGGCAGGGGCUCUGCAGGUCAGAAACCUCCCUAUGCCUACAGUGA